UGUUGUAUAAAUCAAGUUUUAUUUAAACAAUAAAUAAACAUUCGAUAGUAUUCGGCUUCUUCGGCUUGUAAAAUUGAAAGCGAAUGGCUCACAAAAUUUUGAAAGUGAAAGUGGGCACCUAUUAUAAUGACAUAGGUAUAAGGGAACGGAUUUGUAUAGGUUUGCUUGGAAAGCAGAUGUUUCAAUACGAUUAUAAUAGAAGAGACCAAAAGGGGCUGCUGCCGAAGGUCAUUUGCUAGAGAGAGAGAGAGUUCAGUGCUCUCCGAAACUCAGCAGAGAUCGGACGUUAUAUUUCGUCAGUGUUGAUAUUUCGUUCACAUCAUGGCUUCGGAUAGAAAAAAGUGUGUAUUUAAUUGUGCUAUAGACAAUCUCAAAAUAAAAAGUUUUGAAGAAGACAAAUUGAAAAAGUGCCAGUAUAUUUUAAAAGUCCGUGCCGCUUAUAAUUUAAAAUAUAGUGAUGUUGUGUUACCAGUAAAAGUAGACAAUGUUAGCGGAUAUCACCUAUCUUGCUACAAAACAUUUACAUCUGUGCAGAAAAAGUAUUUUGAUAAAUAUAACAAAAUGCAGCAGCCAGGAGAUACUACUCCGGAAUCAGAGGUGCUGUUAAGUAUUCAUGAGAGUAAUCAAUCGGUAGUCGUUGAAUCUCGAGAAGGUUACAAGUCCGCCGAAGCACCCGUAUCUUCGCAGUGUACCGAUUCGGCAGUGGAAAGUGACGAUAAUUUUAAGUCAUCUGCAAUAGGCACUGAUGACGAGCUUGUAAAUAAAGAAUCAAACGACGUAGCACAACUUGCAGUUCAAAAUUUUAAUGUAAAAAAUAUAGGUACCUGUUUUUUCUGUAAUCAGUCAAGGAAGAGGCAAGGACAAAAAAUAGUUCCUUUGAUACAAUCUGCAAACGAAAUUUUAAUUGAAAAAAUUGUCACGAAUGCAACUGCAAUAAACGAUAGUGAGACGUUAUCGAAAAUUACGUCUUUAGGGACAGAUUGGCACAUUACAAGAAAAGUUCGUGAGUUAGUUGAUAAUGAACUUUAUUCUUUCAUAACCGAAAAUACAAUCAAGAAAAAGCAAUGCUAUUCGCUAAAAUUCUUAGUAGAGUACUGUAAAACUGCAUUAUAUAAAUUAUUUUCGGAAAAAUAUACAACUUUUGAACCGUCUAUAACAAACGCCAAAGUGCUUGAAAAAUUGAAAAAUAAAUAUGGUGAUGAAUUGCAGAUAAUCGAAAUGUACAAUCGUAAAAUUAUAGCUCCAAGGGACGGAUGCAUUAUAUCCGAAAAAUCAUUUAGUGAGUUCGGGGAAAGCGAGAUAUUGCAACAAGCAGCAUUCGUUUUAAGAAAAAAAAUUAUGUCUAUAAAAAAAAAUCCUCUGCCUCAAAAGUUAACAACGGUUGAAUUGAUGAAGGGAGAAUGUGAAAUUCCUGCAGAUGUUUUACAAUUUCUUCGUUCUUUAAUUUGCGAGAAUGAUCCUAGGACAGUAAAAAGUUGUAGCUGUACCCGAAAAGUUAACUCUAUAGCCCAAGAUUUAGUGUAUGCGAUUCAUCAUGGCAAAAUAAAAACGUCAAAACAAAUUACUCUUGGAAUGACUUUAAAAAGCAUGACAAGUAGCCGAAAAAUUGUUGAUUUGCUUAAUAAAUACGGCCAAUGUAUUAGUUAUAAUACUGUUGAGGAACUGGAAACAGAGGCGACGUUUUCCUCCUUGAGUAAGUCAAUAAUCUGUCCUGAAGAAAUUCAAUUAUCCCCUUACUACAGCACAGGAGUAGCAUUCGAUAAUUACAAUCGAUGGGUUGAAACGUGUAGCGGGAAAGACACGCUACAUGACACAGUGGGAAUUAUAUAUCAAAAUGUACAAGCAGGUUGUUCAAACACUCUCGAAUCUGAAAUCGACAAUGUCGUCAGUGCACCACCAACGAAAAGAAGAAGAACUUACGAAGUCAUAUCUACGGAGAUACUUCCUUACUUGAAGAAACCCAAGCUGACGGAUAAAUUAUUGGACCUUGAUAGUGAUCUACGUAUUGUUGAAGCCAGUAAUUAUUUUUUUUAUGAGAAAUUAGAUGUGACUUGGGUAAUUUCACAUUAUUUAAAAAUCGCUAAUACACCUAUGUGGGUCGGGUACAAUAGCAGGAUUGUURAUGAUCGUUCAGUGAAGCAAAAAGUUUCCUAUCUUACACCGAUAAAUCUUUCACCUAAAAACAUUUCUGUUGUCUUCGAAACAAUGCGCCAAAGUCAAAAAAUUGCUGAAGAGUGUUCGCAACAGUAUAUACAAGUGACGUAUGACUUAGCGAUAGCAAAAAUAGCUUACCAAAUCCAGUGUACGAAAAAUCCGCAGUUUAACAAUCUUUUUAUUCACCUUGGCGCUUUCCAUAUAAUGAUGGCUUAUUUUAAAGCUAUAGGAAAAUUUAUUGAUGAGUGCGGAUUACCGUACAUGAUGGUCGAAAGUAGUUUAUUGGCUUCAGGAUCAGUAAACGGAUUUUUAACUGGAAAACAUUUUAAUCGCUGUAAACGUUUGCACCCAUUAGUAUUUUUAGGAUUAAGAUCGUUACUUUUCGAAGAGUUUCUAAGAAAAGAAAAUAAGACCAUCAGCGCCGAUUUGAUUGAGAUUAUUCAACAAUUUCAGUCAACAAUUAUAACGAAUUUCGAUAUUGAAAAUAAAACGUUAAAUAAUUUAUUAAAUGACUAUUUAAAUUUUGAAUCGUCAACGUUGAAUGGCGAUUACGGUAAAACUGCACAGUUUUAUACCAUGUACAUUCAUUUUGUCAAUUAUUAUUUAAUGUUUUCGAGAAGUAUUCGCCUCGGAGAUUUURAACUAUAUAAAAAAGUGAUACCGAAAUUAGCAAAUUUAUUUUUUAUUUUUAAUCAAGCUAAUUAUUCUCGAUGGCUGCUAAAGUAUCACGAAAAUUUAUUAAAAGUUCAAUUAACGCAUCCAGGCCUCGAGGAAGAUUUCAAAAAUGGAUUUUUCGGCGUAAAAAGGACCGAAAAACCAUUUUCGAGAAUGCCCGUAGAUUUAACGUUGGAGCAAACUGUUAAUGCUACUGCUUCUAAACCAUUAAGAGGUAUCAUGCACUUUACAAACUCAAUCUCAGCGCGGCAAAGAUGGGCUAAAAAUCAUGGUAUCCGAUCGACCAUAGUAUCUCAUACGUACGAUAUAACAGGAUUAAAAAAAACGCAAGACAUCACCGGCGAUUUAGAAAAGCACCAAAUUAAAAAAGACAGUACACAGCUUCAAAAGUUUAUAACUGUUUUGAAACAAAACAUGAAUCCUUUCAACAGCGAAGAUAUUCAGAGCGAUCAGUUAUUUAAUAUUGCAACAGGACGAGCAGCGUCGCAAGAAGUAACUGAAUUUUUAUUGAGUGUUGAGAAAACAGGUCAUCGCUUGAGAGAAACGUUUAUUUCUGAAUGUGCUGAAUCUGAUAGUAGAUUCGAAAUGACAAUAAAGCAAAAUAAAAUACUCAAUUUUGCUGCUGCGACUGAGAAGAGAUUAGUGAGGGUGAAUAAUAAAAUUCAAGAGGUACGAUUGCAGCGUGACUUAUUCGGACGUAUGCUAGCUAUAUCAAUGAAUGAAAACACUAAUGUUGAAAAAAUUCUGUCAUACCCUCUAACACCCGUUCCAAUGUGUAUGUGUCACUUGGAUGGAUCUAUUUAUAAAACAGAUAAAUCUGUUCUAUUCAAAUGUUUGGAAAGAGAUGUUCAAAGUAAGGCUCCGACUGAUACCGACAUUUGUUUAAUAGAUGGAUUUUUUUUUAUCCAUUGUAUUAAGGACUUGCCAAAGACAUUUGGCAGUGUUUCGAAAAAAAUACUGCAAAUGGUAACUAACGACAAAGCCCAUGAAAUACAUAUAAUUUUUGAUAGAUAUUGGUCACCGUCUAUCAAAGACUAUGAAAGGUCACAGCGAGGAGGUUUCUCUGGUAAUCGCAUGUAUGUAAUUUCUGGGCCAGAGCAAGCAAGACCAGCCGAUUUUAAUAAAAAGCUGAGAAACAGUUAUUUUAAAGAAGCAUUAGUGAAUUUUUUAAUAAAUCACUGGAAACAGCAAGAAAUGAUUCCGUUUGUAGGAAAUAAAAAAGUGCUACUUAAUUUCGAUAAAUGCUAUCAAUAUGAAAUUCGAAAUGAGAGCAUUUUAUUUUCAAUUAAUGAUAAUUUUACGCUCGAUUUGCACGAAGAAGCAAAUACAAAAAUUGUAUACCACGCGUGCAAUAUUGAAUCAAGAGCAAAUAUUGUAAUAAAAUGCUCCGAUACAGACAUUUUAAUUAUAAUGUUAGCUAAUAUAAUUAAUGUUCGACAAGGUAGCAAAGUUUAUAUACAAACAGAAGUUUGGAAUAGACAAAGAAUCAUUGACGUUUCAGCGUUGUAUGAAACGUUAGGUGAUUUAUUCUGUCAAUCAUUACCUGGAUUUCAUGCCUUAACUGGCUGCAAUUUUAAUCCUGCAUUAUUCGGGAAGGGAAAGCAACGCCCUUUACAGAUACUCAGAAAGAACGAAGAGUUUCAACAAGCUUUUAAUCAAAUAGGCUCUAAAGACUGUGACGAAAAUAGCGUAUUUACGGUGCUCGAGAAAUUUGUUUGCAACUUAUAUAGUUUUAAGUCUAUGGAUUCUGUAAAUAGUGUCCGAUUCGCAUUAUUUUUAAAAACUUAUAAAGUAAACGACUUAGACGAACCAUUCCAGAAAAAAAAAUUACAGAAUUUUGAUGCUUCGACUCUACCGCCCAGCAAGGCUGAAUUGACGCAGCAUUUAUUAAGAACAAAAUAUAUUGCUACAAUAUGGAAAAAUGCUUACAAACAAAUACCGUCAAUUUUAAAACCAGAGAAUUGUGGAUGGUUAAUAUCCGAAGACAAAUAUAAAUUCAACUGGUUCAACGGACCGCAGCUGCCCAGUACAGUAAAAGAUGUACUUGAUACUGAAAUUAUUGAAGGCGAUGAUGCAGGAAUCGAAUCUGAGGAAGAUUCGAUAUAUGAAAGCGAAGAUGAUUUUCCAUCUGAGUCAGACACUGCCAGCGAAAUUGAAUAG